AUGGGGAAAGCUGUGCUUUUUGUGUUUGCGAUCGUGUUCAGCGUUGCUGGUGUCAGGUCUCAGUGGGCUUGCGCCACUGACGGAGACUGCUCCAGCGUGUCGGGAAGUAUCUGCGCCAGUGGGGCGUGUGCGUGUCGCCCUGGACAGCAAGUGGUACUGAGGGGCAGCGCCUGUGUCGACAUAUCACCGUACAUCGAGUCCCCGUGUGUGGAAGACCACCAAUGCCAGAGACUCUUUACCGGCUUCGAGUGUCGAAAGAGCGGUAAUGACACCGGAGCCUGUUUCUGCCAAGACGGCUAUCACUACUUCCUCGGUAGAUGCUGGAGGUCCAUCGACUUUGGGGAGGUUUGCUCAAGAUCUGAAGAGUGUUUUGGGGUUAUCCGGGAUCCCCAUGCUCUGACUUGCCAGGGCACUUGUCAGUGUAGUGAGGGGUAUUAUUUGAGGCAGAGGGGGGAAUGUAGAAAGUUUUCUUCUGCUCCCGGAGGAGGCUGUGUCCUGGACAGCGACUGUCGCUUCCCGAACGGAACCUGCGACCUCCAGACAUUCACCUGCGCUGAGGGCCCGCUUGUAUCAACUGUCGCUAAUUCCAAAACUGACUUAAAAUACAAAAUGGCGAACGACGUUAACAAGAUGGCGGACAGCGUAAACAAGAUGGCGGACACUGUAAACAAGAUGGCGGUGCAACGCGUCGCCUGUAACGCGUCAACGCCUUGCUCGAGUCCAUUCCAAUGUUCAAACUUCGGCGUCUGCAUAUGUCCCACUGGUUAUUACGAGAGUGAAGAUGGCUCUAUGUGUUAUGCAGAGCUGGGGUCUCCAUCGACCCUACAGCAGUGUGUCGGUCUCCUGGCCGUAGUCAUAGAUGGCGUCUGCUCGUGUCCAGAUAAUUUCUUUUACGAUGAAAACAUGAAGGACUGUAUACGAGUCACCCGCCGGCUCGCCGAGUCGUGCGUGAGCGACUGGAACUGCCACACGUUCGGCGCCGCGGCGGUCUGCGGCCCGCCGGGCCCCUGGGGGCUGCGCGCCUGCCGCUGCGACCUGGACGUCUCCGUGUGGGACGGGGGCCGCCAGCUGUGCCGGUACUUCGCCGGUGUCGGAGAAUCCUGUGAAGUGGACAGUGACUGUCUCGCUGGUUCGUUGGAGAUAAGGUGCGUCAUCAAUGACCAGGGCAACGGGUUCUGUGCCUGUCCGGAUAAUCUACUGGAGGUCGAUGGACUCUGUCUCACAACUGGUUUGGAACUAGGCGACCCGUGCCAACAUCCUCUAGAAUGUUCCGUGGAGAACUCCAUCUGUACGGGCGUGUGUUCCUGUGCCGACGGGUACCGGCCCUUGAACGGGAUCUGUUCUCCGAUUAUCGGCGGUUCCUGUAACCAAGAUUCAGACUGUCUGGUCGAGAACACAGUUUGCAGGAACAGUACUUCUGGACUGAGCUGUUCCUGUGACACAGGGUUUGUCGAGUUCGAGGACGAGUGCUUGCCCGAGGCGCUCGGCUUCAACUCCACGUGCGUACGGUCGGCGCAGUGCGUGCCGGCCCUCGGGCAGAGGGCUGUCUGUUCCGGGGAGCGCUGUGCUUGCUCCGAGGACGCGCACUACAGGGACGAGGCCUGCUGGCCCCUCACUCGUCUAUUCGAGGCCUGCAGCACCAGCAGCCAGUGCUUCCUGGAGAGCGACCCUGGGCGAGUGGUCUGCAGGAACAGCCUCUGCCAGUGCGACUUCCACCACCCGUACUCCUUCGAAGAGGGCACCUGCUUGUCAUCCAAGGCGACAGUCUACAGCGCGAGCGCUCUUCUGCUCUUGACGCUACUGUCAGUUGUGUUCCGAUGAAGAGUCAUCCGUUCUUUCUUGUACAGUUCUUUUUAUAUAUUUAUAAAAUAAAUGUUUCAAAUAAAAUA